AGCCCACAGUUGAAUUUCAUUUCUGUGUGUAUUCCAGAAAAAGAAAUGAAGAAAAAACAAAGUAGAGUAGUCUCUUUUUCCGUGUAUCUAUCUGUAUCUAUCUUUAUCUUCUUACACUACGUCUUACGUAAUGCACACGAUCAUACUCUAGCCUCCGUAAAUAUUCAGCAGAUCAUAUUAUAUUCACACCAACUUAGAGAAUUGAACAAAGAUCGACGAUGGCAGUUGUAGAAAAUGUUGCUGCUGACUCAACGAAUCGUUCUGACUCAGCGAUUCAAGACUCGGCCAUGGAUCACUCUAAAUCUAACAAUUUUAAGAGUACUAAUGGUAACGUUGAUCACACUGAUUUUAAGCAGUUUGAUAAGGUGGCUUAUCAGACAAAUGGGAAUGGUGGGGCCCACCAGGCAAAUGUGAAGGUGAAGAAGGAGGGUGAUUAUAAGGAUGAUGAGAUGAGGGAUUUGGAAGAAAUGUUGUCGAAAUUGAACCCGAUGGCCGAGGAAUUUGUGCCCCCUUCACUUGUUAAUGUUAAUUUUAAGGAGCAGCCGUUGAUCCAUCAUGGUCUUCCACAGUAUGGUUAUGUGGCUGAUGCUGCUGAAAAUGGUUUUGUUUUGCAAGCCAAUUCUCCGGUUUCAGUUAAUGGGAAUUCGACGAGAAGAAAAAAAAAUGGCUAUAGUCAUGCAAAAAGAAGGAUGAAUAGUCGAACCAGUAUGGCACAGAGAGAAGAAAUCAUAAGGAGGACCGUAUAUGUUUCUGAUAUUGAUCAGCAGGUUACUGAAGAACAACUUGCAGCUCUAUUUAUUAGUUGCGGGCAGGUUGUCGACUGUCGUGUCUGUGGUGAUCCCAAUUCUGUUCUCCGCUUUGCGUUUAUUGAGUUCAUGGAUGAAGAGGGUGCAAGGAAUGCUUUGGGUAUGGCAGGAACUGUCCUUGGUUUUUAUCCUGUCAGGGUGUUGCCUUCAAAAACUGCAAUUGCACCUGUGAAUCCAACAUUUCUACCACGUUCUGAGGAUGAAAGGGAAAUGUGUUCAAGAACUAUCUACUGCACAAAUAUUGAUAAGAAGGUUACUCAAGCAGAUGUCAAACUUUUUUUUGAGACUUUCUGUGGAGAGGUCUAUCGCUUGAGGCUUCUUGGAGAUUAUCAUCAUUCAACACGCAUUGCGUUUGUGGAGUUUGUAAUGGCUGAGAGUGCUAUUUUAGCACUGAACUAUAGUGGUGCAGUCAUGGGAUCACUGCCAAUUAGGGUAAGCCCAUCAAAGACACCUGUCCGGCCACGUGCUCCACGUGGUCCUAUGUAGUGAUGCUGCAUCUUCUCUGAACUGAUUUCAGCUAAUAUAUAUCUACUUAUACAUAGAUAGGUAAGGAGUUAAUUUUAAGCUACUUUGCAGCCUGGUAUCUGUCAUCCAGCCGUCCAGUGGUUAUUUAUGGGAGUUUUUUAAUGUAGAGUUGUAUGUAAUCUCGAGGCUUUGAGGCUGAACUCUAGGGCGAAUUUUAUGUUGCAUGUUAUGUUAAAUUCUGUAGGCAUUUUCUUAUCUACUGUACUUCCCUUGAAACCUCGGAAGAGGACUUGUUUAUGGGAUUUUUCUGUUCAAGUUGGUCUUCCAUGGUAUGUGGAAGUAUGUGAAAUGGGUAUACAUCUAGAUAUGUAAUUUGGCUAUUCAUAUUUUUAUUUACAAUCUUCUCUA